AUGGCUCGGAGUGCCGGAGCAGCCAAGUCAAAAGUUGCUGGAAAAGCAAACGCAAGGAAUGCUGUGCCUGAUGUCUACGGUGAGAUGCUCGUUGAGGCUGUCUCCUCUACUCCUGCUCGACAGAGCGGAUAUGAGACACCGGUAAAGCGACGUCGUGUUGGAGGACGCAUCGUCACACAAAGCGUGGACGACAAUGCGCUUCAACAAUCUGAACAGAGCGUAAGCACCGGGAACCAGAGGGGUAUCGACGAUCUCUUUGAAGAGCCUAACCCCAAUCCACAGCAUAUAGAGCAGACUGAAUCUGAAGAUUCUGCGGACAGUGAUGACAACUUCGAAGACGUGGACCUUGGAAGUAAUAUCAAGCAACACGACACUUCUGACCACGAGAUGGAAGAGCCGGGGAAGCUCAAUUUGGUGCUUGGUGGUGACAAUCAGAAGACUCUAAGAUCUGCGCAAGUCAGGCGGAAGCCUAUUACAUCCACCGAAAAGAAACUUCGACUCGAAAUCCAUAAGGUGCAUCUCUGCAGUCUACUCGCUCACGUACAUCUACGUAAUCGCUGGUGCAAUGACGAGAGUGUUCAUUCCGUUCUGAAAAGCAUGUUGGCAAAGAGGACCAUUUCCUAUCUGAAUCCUGAUGAAAGCAAAUCCCAAUUUCAAAGGUCUCGAUCUUUCCUGGAUGGCCUGACGCAAGCAAGUGAUGCAUUCAGAGCGGACUUCAAAAUUACUGCGAGGGGCAUGAGCAAGCCUGUGUGGGCGGAUAGUCCAGAAACUCUAACGCUUCUACAGCCGCCGGAAGAUAUUGACCUGCCAAUGCAAAGGUCUGAUUUCCUUACUGCUGCUGGCAAACUCAAAGGGUCGCGGGAUGUUGGAGCCCAAUUCUUCUGCGCCAUGCUACGCGCAGCUGGCGUGGAUGCAAGAUUGGUGUGCUCUAUGUUGCCUCUGCCUUUCCAACCGGCACAGAAAAUGGCUCUGCCUCAAGUCAUGCACAACGCCUCGAGGUUGCCACAUCACAGAAGCCGACAGACGACACCUGAACCGGAUAGCGAAGCCGACGCUGGGAGCGAUGGGUCUUUGAUUGUAGAGGGGAGGGCUGGUUCUAAUAGAGCCGAGAUUCGAUCGAGACUAGGACAGGUCAAACGUAGUGCUUCACCAGAAGCAUCUUCGUCUAGAAUGUCCUUCCAACCCAAAAAAGCGAACCAAAAGCCUAUCCGUGAGUCAAAAUAUCCUGUUUACUGGGUAGAAGCUUUCAACGAAGCUGUGCAGAAAUGGGUGCCGAUUGACCCUCUUGUCACAAAGACUAUUGCCAAGCCAUCAAAAUUUGAACCACCAGCAGGAGACCCAGGGAAUAACAUGAGUUAUGUAAUAGCUUUCGAAGACGACGGAUCUGCUCGCGAUGUGACGAGACGUUAUGCCAAAGCCUACAAUGCGAAGACUAGGCGGGAGAGGGUCGAAGUCACAAGAGACGGCGAGAAGUGGUGGCGAAGGGUGAUGAGACUUUACAGAAGAUCUCAUGAUAUGGACCGGGAUCAAGUCGAAGAUGCAGAGCUGACGGCUAAGGAGGCUGCUGAACCUAUGCCUAGGAAUGUUCAAGAUUUUAAGGACCAUCCGUACUAUGCUCUCGAAAGACAUCUGAAAAGACAUGAAGUAAUACACCCAAAGCGAGAAGUGGGGAAGGUUGGUGCCGGGCGACCCGGGACUACCAAUGCCUUGGAGCCAAUCUAUCGCCGUAGAGAUGUCUAUCAACUGAAGAGCGCGGACAAAUGGUACAGGAUGGGUCGGGAAAUCAAGCAUGGCGAACAACCCCUCAAGCGCGUUGCAGUACGCCGGACUAAAGAUUCAACUUUGGACCCUGCCGAUAUGGAAAUGGCAGACGAUGACAACCCUGGCACUGCCCUCUACGCUCCUCACCAGACAUUACUUUACGUGGCACCACCCGUCGGUAAUGGCCAAAUACCAAAGAACUUGUACGGGAACCUCGAUGUCUAUGUCCCAAGUAUGGUUCCUCCAGGUGGAACUCAUAUACCGCAUCCAGAGACCGCUCGAGCGGCCAGGAUCAUUGGCAUUGACUAUGCCGAUGCAGUUACUGGCUUCUCAUUCAAGGGUAGACAUGGGACUGCUGUUACGAGAGGAGCUGUAGUAGCUGCCGAAUACCGGGAGGCAGUGGAAGAAGUUAUCGAGGCUUUCGAGGAUGAGCGAGCACAAGCUGAAGAGGAAAGGCGAAGUCUGACUGCGCUAAAGAUGUGGAAGAGAUUUUUGGCGGGUCUCAGGAUCAGAGAAAGGAUCGAAGGCUAUGAUAUCGAAGGAGAGCGCGAUACAGUUAUGAAAUACGAGAUGGAGACAGUCGAAGACCAAGACCAAGACCAAGACGAAGGAGGCGGCUUCUUACCUGAUCGAGAUGCCGACGAACCCGCUCAACCCACCGCUAGGACAAUGCCGACGCGAAACUUACCCAGUUUGUCAAACGACGGUGAGGGUGGGGGUUCUUGUGCGGCCGAGGAUAAACAGGAAGAAAUGGAGGCGCUGCACGCUUCUGAUGAAGAUGAUGAUGAUGGUGGUGGUGGUGGCUUCCAAUUAGACCAUGAUGACCAGGAUGCCGAAGAAGCCAUCCGAAAGAUCAACGAAGGAGAUCAUGAAGACACAAUCGGCGAAGAAACCGAGAAGACUGCAGGUCAUAUGUACGCGGAGAAUGAUGGUCAGGAAAUACUAGAUCAAGGUGGCGGCUUCUUGCCUAACGACGAUGACACCAGAGAUGAGACUCCGCCAACGAACUACUCAAUCACCGGCGGUACGCUGGAUAACCACAGCAGCAUCGGUGCGCGUGUCAGCCCACAAAACUCAGAACACUUUGCGGAAGCGUUCCCAGACCUGCCAGCACGCGAGCUGGAGGAGGCCAAAACAUUGCAACAGCUCUACGAAUCGCAAGGUUCUGAGCAUCUUCCGGUGUCCAAGGAGACUGUCACUGCCCCUGGACCGAGUAGAUUACCUGACUCGCCGCCGAUGCGAGAAAGGACCGGAGGAGUCGAGUGGGGGACCACUGUUCACCCAAGUGAGGCAUACCCCAGCAAUGAGCUAGUAGCAGAAAAAGAUUCUGAAUCUGAUAACUCAGAAGAAGACAAGGGUUCACUGCUGUCUCACGAUCCCGACGAUGAGGAUGCUGACCCGGAAUGGCUUGCUUGA